AUGUUGGUGCUAAUAUGCAUAGUGCUUGACUUCGAAAAGGCAGCUAUUCAUGCUGCCAAAAUGGUCUUCCCUACCGCGUCCGUGGAAUGCUGUGCAUUUCAUCUGGCCCAGGCCUGGAACCGAAAAAGGAACGCACUCACACUCAAGAAGUACAUCGAAGACCCCGAAAGAGAUGCUCGCUUCGUAAAGUGGUGGGAAACGUUGAAAGUACUACAAGGAAUGGUUUUUCUCCCACAAGGGCUACUGCGGGAUGUACGAGCCCUGCACAAUCCUCCAGUACCCAGCGACCACAGUGCCUAUGCAGACUGCCAGGAGUUCCUAGAUUAUUUGAGGACUGACCGAUAUUCAAAGGAUUGUGGUGCGGAUGGGGCGGGUCCAAGUGCUUGCAUCGGUCCACCACCCACCAUUGAGCAUCUUGAUCGAUAUUUUGAAGAAGCUCAAUUAUGA